AGAGGGAGGGAUCUAUCCGUGGCGGGAUCGGAGGGCAUUGGAAUUCAGGAAUCGUUGGCAUGUCGAUGGGGAAAGCAGCGGCAGGAGGCAGGGAUUGGACGCAGCUGUAUGCGAUCUACGGCACGGACGAGUGGCAGACGGUGGCCUUCCUUGCCCUCCAUGCCGCCCUCUUCGCCUCUCUCUCCCUCCUCCUCCUCUUCUACUUCCCCCACUUCCUCACCUUUCUCCACGCCCUCGCCCCCGCCGCCCCUCUCCCCGCCAUCCGCUUCGCCGCCGGGUUCGCCGGCUCCGUCGCCGCCCUCUCCGCACUCUGCCUCCUCUACGCCACCGGAGACGUUCUCUACUCCUCCCUCGCCCUCCGCUGGGAGAUGGCCCAGCGGAUGGUGGCCGCCGUCCCGGACUGGUCGGCGGUUCGGACAGCGCUCGACGUGGGGUGCGGCCGCGGGAUGCUGCUGAACGCGGUGGCGAUGCAGAUGAAGAAGGAGGGGAGUGGGGGCCGUGUGGUGGGACUGGACGGCCGGCGGGAGACGGCGGUGGCGGCGCUCCGGCGAGCUCGAGUGGAGGGGGUCCAGGAGUACGUCACGUGCCGGGAGGGGGACGCGCGGCGGCUGCCCUUCGCGGACGGGUACUUCGACAUCGUGGUGUCGGCUGUGCACCUGAGCGGGCUGGGUCGGCGGGCGUCGGGGAAAUCACCGGCCGCGGCGGCGGCUGAGAGGGGGAGGGGACUGGGGGAGAUGGUGAGGGUGCUGAAGCCCGGGGGGAUGGGGGUGGUGUGGGAUCUGGUGUGCGGGCCGGAGUACGCGCAGCGGCUGCGGGAGAUGCGGAUGGAGGACGUCCGGGUGUCAGAUCGGGUCACCGCCUACAUGGUCCGUAGCCACAUAGUCUCCUUCAGGAAGCCGCUCGACUCCGCCGCCGGAAUGGAGUCGCCCCUGCCGCUCGACUGGAGGGCCAACAUCUGCUGAUCCUGUUCCGCCGGAACACCACAAGCUCUAUACGAACAUUAUCUACUACCUCCCUUUUCCUUUUUUUCCUAAGGAAAAAAGGGAAAAACGAAAAUUACCACUAGGAUCUCAACUGUAAAUUUCGCGGGCACUUGUAGCGUAUAGACGCCCAGCUCGAAGUGGGGCUAUGGCUUUUAAAGUUAUCGAAUAUCAUGUUAUUUAGCUGCAAUUCUUAAUGAUACCCUCUUCUCCUCUGGUGCCUA